AUGGAUUCGGAACUCAAACAGAGAAGUCUCGUUCUGAAUAUUUGGAGCGAUGCAUCCUUGUCAGAGGGUCUGAAUGGGGUGUCCUUAUGCAUAGACGUGUAUAGAAAUGCAAGGCUCCGGACGUCCACAAAUCUCUACAUUAUUUCUUUAGCUAUCAGCGAUAUCAUCAACGCAGUCAUUGUAAUACCUUUUAUUGUGGGUGUCCUUAUUACAGGGAAAUGGCCUUUUGGUGAGGCAGUCUGCGAUUUCCACGCCUUCUUCACCCUGUUUUCUGUUUACGUAUCCCCAACCACGAUGGGACUGACGGCCUUCAACAGAUACGUCCGCAUCAUUAAGCAUCAAAACUACCCACGAAUCUUCACUGAUACUCGAUCAAAAAUACAUAUCGCUGCAGUUUGGCUGACUGUCGCGGGGUACAUUUCAAUUCCCAAGAUUGGAGGCUUGACUGAAUAUCGCUUCUUCGCUGGAUACGCCGCUUGCAUCGUUGAACAACCCACCAUAGCCAUUAAGAUAGUUCAUUAUAUCAUUGUCGUCUGUUUUUUCUUUCUUCUUCCACUCGGAUUUGCAUUAGUUUCCUACUACAAGGUAUUCAAAAAAAUAAAACAUCACAAUCUAAACAUGGCUUCGACGGCCCACGCCGAGGGCAGAGAAAAUCGAUUGACUGUCAAAGAGAUCAAACUUACCAAAUCGCUCGCCAUUGUUGUGUUCGCCUUUGCACUGUGUUGGAUUCCAUUAUGGUUUGGCACUCCUCGUUAA